CCUCCCGGUCUGAGGUUCACACCCACAGCCCUCGCGAUCAGCGAUCCUCCCCGCUCCCUCCCACCCCAGCAGGUCGGGCUCCUGCAACUUUCUUUGGCUUCGCAGCACCGACUUCCUCCUGGCGGCUCCUCGCAGCGGCUGCCAGCCGGCCCCGGACGAGCCCUCGACGGGCGGCGGCGGCUGACUCCCUGACUGCGGCCGGCUCGCCCCCUCGGGGCCCGGGGAGACGGCGAUGGGGGCCGCGCGGGGCCGCAGCCAGCGGUGAGGAAGAGCGCGAGCGCAGCAGCCCGGAGCCUUCACCGACGGGGCGGCCAUGAGCUCGGUGUGGAAGCGGCUCCAGCGCGUGGGGAAGCGGGCGGGCAAGUUCCAGUUCGUCGCCUGCUACCAGGAGCUGGAGGUGGAGUGCACCAAGAAAUGGCAGCCGGACAAGUUGGUUGUGGUCUGGACCCGAAGGAACCGGCGGAUCUGCUCCAAGGCACACAGCUGGCAACCAGGAAUCAAGAACCCCUACCGGGGCACGGUGGUCUGGAUGGUACCUGAGAACGUGGACAUCAUGGUGACUCUCUAUCGGGACCCGCACGUAGAGGAAUACGAGGACAAGGAUUGGACCUUUGUGAUUGAAAAUGAAUCGAAAGGUCGGCGCAAGGUGCUGGCAUCGGUGGACGUGAAUCUUAAACGCUUUGCCAGCCCCACACCCACCCAGGUGGACCUGAAGCUGAAGCUGAAGCCCCGCUCAGUGAAGGUGGUGGCGGCCACGUUGCAGCUCACCAUAUCCUGCGUGUUCCUGCGUGAGGGGAAAGCCACCGAUGAGGACAUGCAGAGUUUGGCCAGCCUGAUGAGCGUCAAGCCCUUGGACAUUGGCAACAUGGACGAUUUCGCUGACAGCGAGGAGGAGGAGGAACCCCCUAAGCAGAGCCAGCAGGAGGAUGCUAUGGGCCAAGGUGUGCCCUCUACAGGAUUGCUCCAAAAUGUGUUGACGGACUAUUUCUCAGACACUUCCUGGGAUCUGAGCACCCUGGCGGAGGAAGAGGAGGACUCGUCCGCCCAGAGCUCAAGCCAAGCCACGUCGGGCAUCGGUGCCCCUUCCAGGAACCUCAGGAAGGAAGCUGAUGCAGAAGUCCCCAAACCAGCCUGUGGCUUCCCGGACGGCAGGGCCAUCCUCCCUGGCGCCCUGCCUCUGACAGCGGAGUCCGCUCCGGCUGCCUCCCCAGCACCAGCCCUUGCAGUAAGUGGUGCCGCAUGUGCAGGGAGUAUGGGGUAUGGAGGGGCAAGCGAUGUCCGCCCAGGAGGAGUGACUGGCGUCCCAGGAGGGCCGGGCACCGGGCACCAAGCGACGGGCACCUUCGCAGAGUUGGCACGGGCGGGGGCCGAAGAGGAGAAGGAAGAGAAGGGGUCGGAGCUGUCGCCGGAUCGGCCAGCGGGCGCUGAAGUCAGGCCGACUGAUAUCUGGCAACCCAGGCCACAGAACCCUGUGACUGCACCACGGAGGAGGAAGAACCCAUUCAAAGGCCCCGCUGAGCCCCAGGACGUGCCCGUGCUGCCUCCGGUUGUCCCCGAAGCCUCCCCUGUGCGGAAACGCAGGCUGGAGAAAGCCCCACUGGCUCCAGAGCUCCCGGACGCUGCGGCUGAGUUUCCUGUGCCCGUGGAGGACAGCUCUUGCCCGGUCGCCUACGGCAGCCCAGUGGAGGAGAGUUUGCCCUCCAGGGGGUCAGCAGAUGUGCCCCACUCCCCAUCCCAGCACUGCGGCUCUGUGGUCAUGUAUCUCGCGGCAGACACGGUCCUCGCCGGACCGGGGCCUCUCGUUGUCACCGGUGGCGCAGGAUCCGUGGGGGCUUUGGACGCGGCCUUCCUGGCUUUGUCUCCCGCCGUGGGGCCGUCCCCAGCGGCAGGGUUUUUUGGAGAGGCAGCCAGAGGCGGGGCCCAGAGUCCAGCAGAGGAGGCAGCUGUGCAAGAAGCCCCUGCUGGGAUGAAGAGUGACGCUGCCCCUGGGGAGUUCACGGAUCCGGAGUGCAGGGGAGGUUGUGGAGGGGUGGCACAGCCUGGCAGAGAUGGUUCCCCGCCUGCAGUGGCGCUGGCCAGGUGGGAGGAGGAGGAGGACCUUGCGGUCACAAUGGGGCGUUCCAGCCACGAGACGGGGUCCGUGGCGGGAGAAGUGUGCCCGCUGGGGCUCCUGGCUGAACCAGAAAGGAAGCCGGCCGAAGUCAGCAGCCAGGAGGCCUGCAGCUCCGCUUCUGGAGAAGAGACUCCCUCCCCCGAAACCCUUCCCCGGCUGCAGCGACCUUGGGAAGGAGACGAGGCUGACGGGGGCAGUGACUGUGGGCCCCAGCAGCCUGAAGGCCCUGCUUCCCCCUCCGCGCUUGCCACAGAAGACUCUCCCCAGCAAGGCGGGUGUGAGGAGCAAGCAUCCGCAGAGGAGGACUUGGGGGGUGGCCACUCCCCAACCUUGGCAGAAGCUCCGCCUCCCGCAGAGAGGUGCAGCGACGAAGAGGUCCCACGGGUGGACGCAGCGGAGAGGCCAACACCUGCCCUUGCUGUCCUGGGAGCGGAGGACGAGACGGAAGCUGCCAGGAGCUGCAACCAGAGUCCCGUAGAAGCCAAGGUGCAUGUUGAACUGGAGAAAGGUGAGGCAGGCGAUGGGAGGGGUGCGGACCAGAGAGAUGUCCUGCCCGAGGCAGCAGGGCGGGAACCUCCACGAGCGGAGGAUGUCGCCUCGGAGAGAGGAGAGGAGCAAAGCAAAGAUGGCAGGAAGACCCGUCCAGAAGAUGCUUUGGAGGCCCCAGGGACACAACUGUACACUCCAGAGAAAGAUGGGAGUCAGACGCUUUUGGGGAGUUGUGGGCCAAGCCUGGAAGGGCCAGGGAGUGGCCCAGAGGAGCCCAAGAGCCAGGGUGUGCUGGACAACAGCGGAAUAAGAAGAGAAGCCGCGUCAGGCGCGGAGGAGCCUUUUGCAGAGCAUAAUUUAGCACCCGGGACCAGCGAGCCAGUGAUGGCUGCGGUUACAGCUCUUCGCCAGCCGGGCCCCCCAUCACCUCAGGAUGCUGCUUUGCCCGUCCCAGCUCCCCGUGCCCGCAAGGACAGGACCGCCCAGCCCAGCCAGCAGCCCCUGGUGCCCAUUUACACGCCCCGUGGCACAGCGUCGGAUUUAGGACAUCAAGGGGAGGCCCAGGCCGACAGCCCCAGGAACCCAACCCUCAUGAACUCCAGCCAGUCCUUGCUGGAGUGGUGUCAGGAGGUGACCUCCGGCUUCAGGGGCGUCCGCGUCACCAACUUCACCACCUCCUGGCGCAGUGGCCUGGCGUUCUGUGCCAUCCUGCAUCACUUCCACCCAGAGAAGAUCAACUAUGAAGCUCUGGAUCCCCUCGAUAUCAAGCAGAACAACAAACUGGCCUUUGAUGGUUUUGCCUCGCUGGGAAUCUCCCGGGUGAUGGAUCCGGCCGACAUGGUGUUCUUGACAGUGCCCGAUCGGCUGAUUGUCAUGACGUACCUGUGCCAAAUCCGGGCCUUUUUCACGGGGCAGGAGCUGAACGUGGUGCAGCUGGCAGGCCACAGCAACCAGACCACCUACAAGGUGGGCAAAUUCGACACGGACGCCUCUGGCUCCAUUGACCCCGCCAUGUUCUACUCCCAGCACCUCCAAAGUGCCGCCUGCCAAGUAGAGCAUCCUGGGAGGCAGGACGCUGAGGAUUCUGGGAUGAGAAGGGCCUCCGGCAGCGUGGCAGGGGUGGACCAGGAACCAGAGGCGGAGGACGCUACUCCAGAGUCUGCCGAGAGUGAGGCAAAGGCCGGUGUUGCAAAGGAUUCUGGGAACGAAGCCCCCUUGGGGGACAGGGAAGCCAGGGAUACGGAGUCCUUCCAAGCUGUGGAGCGUGCAAGUGAGCCAAUGGUCAACGGCGCCCCUUCUGUUGAAGAACCCAAGCCGGAGCCCUCCAAAGCUGUGGACGAUACUAAAGCAGAAAGCCCCGAGGCUGGUGGGAAGGCCGUGGCGGAGAUUUCUCCGAGCCUGCAGUCGUUCCUCAGGGAUGCCGCGGCGGAGACCUUGACGCCCGACGGGAAAGCACUUCUUAACGGCGCCGUGGCCAGUUCAGCCACAGCACCCGGCGCAGGGUUUCUGACCCAACUGGAUUCUGGGACGGAGGCCCCAAGGCCUGGUGGGAAAUCAAUGGUCAAUGGCACCGUGACGGAGCCAAGCGCCGAGCGGGAGGGAGAGCUCUCUGCCCGUGGGGACUCCGGGGCCGAAGCCUCGAUGCUUGGCGAGUCGAUUCAGCGGGCCGAACCGGAGGCUCCCAGGAGCCCCGGAGCAGAAGCUGCAAGGCCUGACGGGAAACCCUCGGCCAGCAACAGCGAGCCACUGGUCCCCCCUCCACGGCUGAAGCGGCUUGCCUCCCGGAGUGGUCCCGAGCGCGGCCUGCAGCGCACGCUCUCCACGGGCAGCCAGGGGCCCGUCGCCCCACCACGAUCCCACGCCAGCAAGUCCACCUUCGCUCAUGUGCGCGAUGCUGACCUGGUGAAAAAGCGACGCUCGCGGCUCAAGAGCGAAUCCCUGUCGAUGGACGAAGGGGAUGCCGGUGGUCCGUUGGAGGACCCAGCCCAAAGACUUGCCAUGGAUGAUGUUUGUGACGAAGGCUCAAAACCCCGACAGGUUACGCCGAAGGCGCAGCAGCACCCAGCUCCUCCAACUACUACCUCCCAGGAACUGCCCCAGGAUUCCGGCAUCAAGAAAAGUGCCAAUGAAGACGAGGCUCCAAAAUUCCAGGACACCAGCCAGUAUGUUGUGGCUGAACUCCGGGAGCUGGAGGCUGAACAGAAGCAGAUCGACGGACGGGCAGCCGUGGUGGAAAAGGACCUGCGAGGGCUCAUGGAAUCCGGCUCAGAUAAGCUGAAGGAGGAGGAGCUCAUCCAGGAAUGGUUCACCCUUGUGAAUAAGAAGAAUGCCCUGAUCCGGCGGCAGGACCAGCUGCAGCUGCUGAUCGAAGAGCAAGACCUGGAGCGCCGCUUUGAGUUGCUGAGCCGGGAGCUGAGAGCCAUGAUGAGCAUUGAAGACUGGCUCAAAACGGAAGCCCAGAAGCAACGUGAACAGCUGCUCCUGGAAGAACUGGUGUCGCUGGUGAACCAGAGGGACGAGCUGGUCAGAGACUUGGAUAUUAAAGAGAGGAUAGCUCUGGAAGAGGAUGCCAGGCUAGAACGGGGACUCCGACAGAGACGCCAGAAGGUCAGCCGCAAGGAAAAGUGUCGUGUCAGCUGAGACAGGAGAGCCUUCUUGCCUCUUCUCCCUGCCCUCCCCCCCCAUGAUGACUAGGUGGGGCCAGCAAACACCAGCACUUCUUCCUCCCCAGAUGCCCCCCAGCCUUCACAGGGGCGCCCCCUUCUAUGCCAGUUUUGACUUCCCCCCUGUGCCUCUUAUUACCCACAAUUCUUUGCAGGCUGCCUCUGUUUGUAACUUGUGCCAAAGAGAUUGUGGGGUGCAGAGAGUCCAGAACGGCUUCUAGUACCCCAUUUCCAUGCCGUCCCAAGAACCGAUUCGGGAUGGCAUUUUUAAAGGGGCAGUGCCCAUGGACUCACUAGCUGGAGAGGGCAAAAAAGCCGCCUUAGGUUCUAUUUAUUUGUGUGUGCUUGCGUGAGUGAGAGAGCUCAUAUUUGGGUUUCAGCGGAUGCCUUCUCCCUGCCAUCUUUACAUUUUCAUGGAGGCUGUGUUUUAUUUUAUUCUAUUUUUUAAUUAUCAAUGUUCUUACUGAUGGUACAAAGUGCCUUGAACGCUCCUACAGCCAGACAUGGUCAUGGAAAAGUUGUAUUCUCUAUUUUUCACCACCCAAUCCCUCCCUGGUUAUUUGCACUAAAUUUGUACCAGAGUUUGAAAUAAAUAUAUCAAAAGACACAA